CAGGGAAUUCCCAUUCGCCUGGGCACCCUGGACCCAGAUCCAUGAAACUAGGAAAGUGUAGCUCGGACUACAACCACUUAGAGAAGACAACGUUAAAUUCGGGAGAACCCAGCUCCAGGACCCAAAAAUGCCCAAGUUCAAGGCGGCCCGCUCGGCCGGGGGUCAGGAGAAGCAUGCGCCGCUGGCCGAGCAGAUCCUGGCUGGUGACGCGGUGCGGGCAGGAGCCCGAGAAAAACGGCGGGGUCGCGGAACCGGAGACGAGGAGGAAGAGUACGUGGGGCCCCGGCUGACCCGAAGGAUUUUGCAGCAGGCGCGGCAGCAGCAAGAGGAGCUCGAGGCCGAGCAUGGGAGCGGAGACAGGCCCGCGGUGCCGCGGGAGCGCACCACGCGGCUCGGUCCAGGAGUGCCGCAGGAUGGAUCAGAUGACGAGGAGUGGCCCACCCUGGAGAAGGCUGCCACAAUGGCAGGGCCGGGCUAUCAGGCGGAGGUGGUCGUGGACCCCGAGGAUGAGCAUGCCAUUGAGAUGUUCAUGAACAAGAACCCUCCUGCCAGGCGCACCCUGGCUGACAUCAUCAUGGAGAAGUUAACUGAGAAGCAGACGGAAGUCGAAACGGUCAUGUCCGAGGUCUCAGGCUUCCCUGUGCCCCAGCUGGACCCCCGCGUCCUAGAGGUCUACAGAGGGGUUCGGGAGGUGUUGUCUAAGUACCGCAGUGGGAAACUGCCCAAGGCAUUUAAGAUCAUCCCUGCCCUCUCCAACUGGGAGCAGAUCCUCUACGUCACGGAGCCUGAGGCCUGGACCGCUGCUGCCAUGUACCAGGCCACAAGGAUUUUUGCCUCUAACCUAAAGGAACGGAUGGCCCAGCGCUUCUAUAACCUGGUUCUGCUUCCCCGGGUACGAGAUGACAUCGCUGAGUACAAACGACUCAACUUCCACCUCUACAUGGCCCUGAAGAAGGCCCUGUUCAAACCUGGAGCCUGGUUUAAAGGCAUCCUGAUCCCGCUGUGCGAGUCGGGCACCUGUACCCUCCGGGAAGCCAUCAUCGUGGGCAGCAUCAUCACCAAGUGCUCCAUCCCCGUGCUGCACUCCAGUGCGACCAUGCUGAAAAUUGCAGAGAUGGAGUACAGCGGGGCCAACAGCAUCUUCCUGCGGCUGCUGCUGGACAAGAAGUACGCGCUGCCCUACCGAGUGCUGGACGCCCUGGUCUUCCACUUCCUGGGCUUCCGGACAGAGAAGCGCGAGCUGCCCGUGCUCUGGCACCAGUGCCUUCUGACUUUGGUCCAGCGCUACAAGGCCGACCUGGCCACGGAGCAGAAGGAGGCCAUCCUGGAACUGCUCCGGCUUCAGCCCCACCCCCAGCUGUCCCCAGAGAUCAGGCGUGAGUUGCAGAGUGCCGUCCCCCGAGAUGUAGAAGAUGUUCCUGUCACCAUGGAGUGAGGACGCAGCGCUCGUCCGGGUCUGUGGAGCGUGGAAGGACUCCAGGAUCCCUGCUGGUGACUAGAGGUGAUUCCGAGCCUUGACAGCUGAAGACCCGGAUCAGGGCCAAGACAGGUCGCGGGCCUCUGACUCCCCAGUUCUCAACAGGGGGACCUGAGUAGGGCUGGUUCCCUCUUGCGUUCUAGGCCUGCAUCCCUGCUCAGUUCUGAGACCUGACUUAAGGUCCCACAGCCCAGCACUCCCGGGUCCCAGCUAGGGUUGGAAUGGGUACUUCCUCUCAGGCUGGUGUCAGGUCACCGGGAGGUGGAUAAAGACAAAAGGCAGGUAUUCAUUGAACCUCAGUGUUUUGAUGUGAUGGAUGGAGAUCUUUGCUAUCCUUGUUUCGCUGGAAGCAAGCACUGCUUCACUGGAGGCGGGCACUGCUUUCCCCUCAUGCUUAGCAGUGGAUUCUUAGCUAUUUACAUGGUAGCCUCGCACUUCCCCCACCUUAUUCUACAAGUCUUCUCUAGGCUGUACCCACCCUGCCAGCCCCUAGAGGGCACAGCCUUUGCCUUCCCCUGACACAAGCUACUUGGGGAGAAUACCAGCAACCAGGAGGUUGUUCAAACACGAGAAGGUCUCAGAUUGGUUGCAAGAGCUAGAAGAAAGCACCUAGAGGAAGGUGGAAAUUCAGGAUGAGAAAGGUCAGACCCAGGGUCACCACCAGACCGGUUCCCUUUCUAACUUUCUUAGCCAAUGAAAGCGUUCAACCAGGGGUUGGCAAAUCAGGGUUGUGUAUGCCUGUUUUCUUACAGUCCAUGAGAGAAAAGUGAUUUUUUACAUUUUAAAUGGUUGGUGGUGGAGGCAGAGAAAAAACAGCAGUAUUUUGUGAUAGGUGAAGAUUAUAUGAAAUUCAAGUUUCAGUGUCCCUAAAAUAAAGUUUUUUGGGACACAGCCACAUCCAUCCACUUCCAUGUCCUGUGACUACUUUCACUGCCCCUACAGCAGAGACCAGUGCAGCCUGGCUAGAACCCUGUUACUUGCUUUUGCAAAUAUGAGUUUGUUCCAACCUAAUUACUCUAUUUGGUCAUAAAGCAAAUUUCAUUUAUAUAGUUUUGUCUUGAGACACUAGAUGAAAGCAAAAAACUACCCCCACAGAGCCAAGCCAGAUGACACACAAAACGCACAUGCCCAGCCCUGUGCCAGCGCCCCCAGCUCACCUUCUGGGUUGGCACCACACCCACAUCUGGUGUCACAACGUGCCUUCCACAUCCUUCCGACCUCUGCUUCCACAGCCAACUUCAGGUGUUUGUUUUUCAAGAUAAAGGGCCAUAUACAGUAUGUGUUUCUUAGCCAUUUAAUGUGUAAAAACACCAUCUUAAAAAAAAAGUGUCCUUCAUUAAGUAUUUGAGUAUUGUGCUUCAAGCCCCAUUUUCCCCCAUAAGCCAUGUGGCCUUAAUUGUGCAGUUUUGCAUAGUGCAGUGCUUUUUAGAAAUGUGCACAUCAGGUUCUACAGCAGAACUUCCGAUAACACAGGCAGAAGCCACAUGGCCCACAAAGCCUGAAAUGUCUGCUCUGGCCCAAGACAGAAAAGGUGGGACGACUCCUGCUCCAGACAUUGAUUUCUGCCCUCUUUUACCCCAUGCAGUCUAGAAAUAAGCUUUCCCACAGACUGCCCUCUAAUCCAAGAAGCCAGAGUCAGUUUUAUUCUAGAAACUUUAUUAUAAAGGUAGCAUGAUGGUCCUCAGCCACCAGCCUGGACCUUGUGGCCUCAGGAAAGACCUGUGUUAACAGGGCCUGCCUCCCUCUCUGGACAGGGGGCUUGAUCAUCACCAGGUCAUCCCCUGCUUCAUUCUGCAACGCCCCCUGCUCCUGGAGGAUGGGGCAGAGGGCCAAAGGGAGAGGAGGGUAUGGCCCCACUCCAGGCAUAGCAGCUCCUUGGCCACAAAGAUCCUCUAGCAAGUAGCAGAGGGGAGGAAUACAGCAACCACCAGGGUUACCACCCCUGUGGCGGGGGGAGAAGGGCCCCACCACACCCUCAUACAGUUGUACUCAAAGUAAUUAAUAAAUUAAAACAACUUCCUUCU